AUGGGCCAAGGCGACGACAGCGACCGCAUCGUGAUCAACGUGGGCGGGACGCGGCACCAGACGUACCGCAGCACCCUGCGCACCCUGCCCGGGACCCGGCUCGCCUGGCUGGCCGAGCCCGACGCCCACAGCCACUUUGACUAUGACCCGCGCUCAGACGAGUUCUUCUUCGACCGGCACCCGGGCGUGUUUGCGCAUAUCUUGAACUACUACCGAACCGGCAAGCUGCACUGUCCGGCUGACGUGUGCGGACCCUUGUACGAGGAAGAGCUGGCCUUCUGGGGCAUCGACGAGACGGACGUGGAGCCCUGCUGCUGGAUGACUUACAGGCAGCACCGCGACGCGGAAGAAGCACUCGAUAGCUUCGGCGGGGCGCCUCUGGACAACAGCGCAGAGGACGCGGAUGGAGAUGGCGCGGGUGACUCUGGUGACGGGGAGGAUGAGCUGGAGAUGACCAAGGGCCUGGCGCUCAGUGACUCACCCGACGGCCGCUCUGGCGGCUUCUGGCGCCGCUGGCAGCCACGGAUCUGGGCGCUCUUUGAAGACCCCUACUCAUCCCGCUACGCGCGGUACGUGGCUUUUGCCUCCCUCUUCUUCAUCCUGGUCUCCAUCACCACCUUCUGCCUGGAGACCCAUGAGCGGUUUAAUCCCAUCGUGAACAAAACAGAAAUUGAAGUAAUUAGGAAUGGCACCCAGGUGCGCUACUACCGGGAGGCAGAGACUGAAGCCUUCCUGACCUACAUCGAGGGGGUCUGCGUGGUCUGGUUCACCUUUGAGUUCCUCAUGCGGGUUGUCUUCUGCCCCAACAAGGUGGAGUUUAUUAAGAAUUCAUUGAACAUCAUCGACUUUGUGGCCAUCCUGCCUUUCUACUUGGAGGUUGGACUCAGUGGCCUGUCUUCCAAAGCUGCCAAGGAUGUCUUGGGUUUUUUGAGAGUGGUCCGGUUCGUGCGUAUCCUGAGAAUUUUCAAGUUGACCCGCCAUUUUGUAGGCUUGCGGGUCCUGGGGCACACCCUCCGUGCCAGCACCAAUGAAUUCUUGCUGCUCAUCAUUUUCCUGGCCUUGGGUGUCUUAAUCUUCGCCACAAUGAUCUACUAUGCUGAGAGGAUAGGUGCUCAACCCAAUGACCCCAGCGCCAGUGAGCACACGCACUUUAAGAACAUCCCCAUCGGCUUCUGGUGGGCGGUGGUCACCAUGACGACACUGGGCUACGGAGACAUGUACCCGCAGACGUGGUCAGGCAUGCUAGUGGGGGCGCUGUGUGCGCUCGCGGGGGUACUGACCAUUGCUAUGCCCGUGCCCGUCAUCGUGAACAAUUUCGGAAUGUACUAUUCCUUAGCUAUGGCUAAGCAGAAGCUACCAAAGAAAAAAAAGAAACACAUUCCGAGACCACCGCAGUUGGGAUCCCCCAAUUAUUGUAAAUCUGUCGUAAACUCUCCACAUCACAGUACUCAGAGUGACACAUGCCCGCUGGCCCAGGAAGAGAUUUUAGAAAUUAACAGAGCAGAUUCCAAACUGAACGGGGAGGUGGCCAAUGCCGCGCUGGCGAACGAAGACUGCCCCCACAUAGACCAGGCCCUCACGCCCGAUGAGGGCCUGCCCUUUACCCGCUCGGGCACCCGCGAGAGAUACGGACCCUGCUUCCUCUUAUCAACCGGGGAGUACCCGUGCCCGCCUGGUGGAGGAAUGAGAAAGGAUCUUUGCAAAGAAAGCCCUGUCAUUGCUAAGUAUAUGUCAACAGAGGCAGUGAGAGUGACUUGA